AUGAUCAAUGACUUAGUGUCAAAGUUUUAUGGAGCAUACGAGGCAGAAACCAGAGAGAAGAGUAGUGGACAAAAUGAAAAUGGUGUUCUCAAACUUGCCCACGAAAUAUUCUUCACCAACUAUAAGAAGAAGUUCACCCUUGAACACGCUUGGAAGGAGUUAAGAAAUGACCAGAAGUGGUGUGACCUUUCCACGGCCAAAACUGAUGGCAACUCGAAGAAGAGGAAGUGUGACGAAGGCUCAGAGUCAGCAAGCUCACAGGCUAAUGAAACCGGUAGUGCUGUUGAUGAGGAGGGAGGUAACCGUCCCCCGGGUGUUAAGUCUGCAAAAGCCUGUGGUAAGAAGACCAUGGGUGAGGGGAAGGAGCUCUCUCAGUUUUAG